AUGGUCUUCUUGGAUAUAAGUAAAGCUUUUGACAAAGUGUGGCAUAAAGGUCUCCUUUUUAAGUUGAAACGUUCAGGUAUUGGAGAUCCAUUACUAUCUUGGAUUAAAAGCUAUUUGACAAACAGAAAACAACGAGCAGUUAUUGAUGGAAACAUGUCUGAUUGGAAAGACGUUGAAGCAGGAGUGCCACAGGGAUCA